AUGCUGGUUGAAGGCGGGUUCCGACGCGAGACACCCCGAAACCUCCUCCCCCGUGAGAACAAAGGCAGGUGCCGAGCGAGAGCCUGGUUGGUGCCGGGCGCUCCCCGGCGUCCUCCGGGCCCCGGAGAUUUCUUGCUCUGCCCACUGGAGCCGGGUUCCGUGCACACUGGAACCCCAGCUCCCCACCUGGCCCUGGCUGAAACCACACAGACUGUGCGUUAUGACAUCACCUGUUUUCGCGCUGGAGAACGCGAUCGGUAUUCUCGGCUUCUGCUUUUCUUAAAGGUGAGAAGCAGAGAUCAGUCUUCUGAUGAGCUUUGUAAUUCAGUGACCACCGUCAUCACUCAAGACCUAAAUUACCCGAAAUAUGUCACCAAGGCCUCAGCAGCAAGUAAAAGAAAGCGUUGUUAUUCUCUGCCCGAGAAAGGAGUUACCGCCCAGCCCUUUCAGCUACAGCAGAUUCUGAAGGACGAGUUGUAUGGCACGUCACUACGGACAGAGAAAAGGAUGUCCACAGCCAAGAGGACACCUGAGAGGUCAUAUACUCUGUGGGAUCAUGAUAGAAGUUCAAAACAUCAGCCUGAGAAAGGUACGCUGGGUCCUGCAUGGGAGGUGGUCCUCUGUGCAGCAGAGAGCCGCCUUCCGGGGGCCACCGGGCUUUGUUCAGUCACGGCCCCAGCUGGUCCUGUCAGUGGAGCGGGUCCUGUCUUUGGUUUCAUGAGAACGCUGACGGCGGUGCGGCAGAAGUUUUCCACCCAGCAACAGGGUGACGUCAGCGGCCAGGAGGCCCGCCAAUCAGGAGGCGGCAUGAAUCAGAGCGCGCUGGGGUUCUGCUCAACGGUCUCCUAG